GGUCGUGCCCGCUGGAACACCCGGUAUGAAAAAAAGAAGAACAAUUUUUGAACGCAGUGACAAUAAUCAGUGAGAGACGUUCGUCGAAUGUGAAAAAAAAGUUUCAUUGUAUGGUGUUAAUUUUGGGGAAAAUCGAAUCAGUGAGUAAUUUUAUGGGAACAAGCAGCGAUCGUGGAGGUUUUAUUCGACCGCGUGUAUGCGAGUCCCCCACCCGGCGGCCGAGUAGCGUCAUCCAUCAUGGUCGGUGACGUCAGGCCUCAGCAUUGGUAGAGUGGCGUCACGUGGUUAGUUAAUUGGGUGCCGAGGGCGGGGCUCACGCGUGGUAGGGGGAAAUAAAAAAGAGCCUCUAUGCAAUAACCUAGUGCGUAGUAAACCCCCCACCGAAUAACUCUCGGCACGCUGCGAUCUAGAGCUUUUGGCGAGAAGUGAGGAAAAAUUAAUGAUCAUGAGCUCGUUUUUGAUGAACCCGGGAGCGUACCAGCAGCCGCAGCACAUCGCCGGCGUGGUCGUGGACCCCAAGUUCCCUCCGAGCGAAGAGUACAGCCAGAGCAGCUACAUCCCGUCUCCCUCGGGCGAUUUCUUCGGCAACCACCACAUUUCCCAGCAGCAGCACCACCUCCAGUACGGUUACCACAACCACCACCAGACGUACGGGUCCUCGAACGUGCCGCCGCUGAGCAACGGCGGUUACGGGACCUAUGGUAACUACUACCACCCCCAGAUACACUCGCACCAUGGGCCACCCAUACAUCAUCAAAUCCGGCCGCCCAUCCUGCACGAGUCGCAGCAGUCGCUGGUGCCCUGCGGGAAUUUACAAAACUCACAAUCGCCGGUUACAAGUUCCUCGAAUAUCCUCCAAAAUUUAGCAGACAUUACGCCCAAUGUUACUCAAAGUAGUGAUGUGAACUCUAGUGUGUGUAGUCCCGCGAGUGUGGGACACCAAGAGAGAGCCUCACCCUCUGGACAGCAUUUGCAGGAAUUGGGGUUGAGGCUAGAGGACAAUGGCUCUGAUGAGCCGGACGACGGGGACGACGGACAAGGAAGUUCGACGAAUAACGACGAAGACGACGACGACGAGGAAACGGGGGAUAGGCAGAUUUAUCCGUGGAUGCGGAAGGUGCACGUUGCUGGAGCCUUUUCGAAUUCGAAAGAAUUAUCAUCAAAUUGCACAAAUGGCAGCUUCGCACCCGGUAUGGAACCCAAACGUCAACGCACCGCCUACACCCGCCACCAAAUCCUCGAACUCGAGAAGGAAUUCCACUACAACCGCUACUUAACCCGGCGAAGACGCAUCGAAAUCGCGCACACAUUAGUCCUCACCGAGCGCCAAAUCAAAAUCUGGUUCCAGAACCGGCGGAUGAAGUGGAAGAAGGAUAACAAAUUGCCCAACACGAAGAACGUGCGGAGAAAAACCAACCCCGCCGGCGUGACGACGACGACCGCGGCCAAAGGGGGCAAAGUUCGGGCCAAAACACAGAACGCCACUUCGGCCAAUAACAAUGACAAACGGAAAAACAGCAACCCCGGCCGAGAAAUGGAGGGGCUGAGGGAGAACAUGCUGGACAUGUCCCUGGCGGCGGGCCACCAGAUCUCGUCGCACUCGCACGCGCACCCCAUGCCCACGGGCCUGCACCAUGCGGGGAUGAUGCACGGGGACCCGAUGCACGUGGGGGGGAUGGGGCAGGCGCUCGCCCCCCUGGCGCCGUCCCCCGGCUGCGGACCGGCCCAGAAUGCCGCGCCGCCGGCCAUCAAGUCGGACUACGAUCUCACGGCGCUGUAAUUUGUGAGUGAAGCUCAAGGGUAGAAAUCGAAGGUGGGGGUGAGCUGGUUUUGAGCGCGGUUCUAAAGCUGGGUGCGGGGAUGUUUGAACUUAAGCAAGGGAUGGUUCGUUUACAUUUAUUUUCAAAAAUUUUUCUGGGGUUUGUUUUUCCUUGUUAAAAUAGACUGAAGCACCGAGGAAUGGAAAGAAAGCACUAUAAUGGUCAACCGCGACAGGUUUAGUUUGCUUAGUGUCAGUUUUUUUGUUCCAUAAUUAAAACAAACUGUGCCUUGGGUUAACAGCAAUUAAGUGCAAUUUUAUUUUUAGAGAAAAGCUGUAUCUUCAGCUCAUACUUUUAUACUUCCAUUUACCCUAACAAAUACGUACUAUUUUUACUAGAACCAUACCUUGGAAAACAGGAGUCAUAAAGAGUUUUUUAAUUUAUAAAAAAUAUGUUCUUAAGUUUCAGUCACGUUGGUAGCUACCGAGAGACUUGUUAAAUAUAUGUACUUCCGGUUAUGUCAAAGGGAAAUAAAAAAAUUAUCCAGCAUCUUAUGAACACAGUAUGACUGUGGUGUUGAAACUAUCAUUUUAGUUUACUGACACUUGAAAAAAUGAAAUACUAAUAGAUGCAGGGUGAGUCAAUAAGCGCGAUCUUCUUGAUAUUUCAUUGGUUACUAGACAUAUAAAAAAAUCAAGAGUUGUACGGAUUUUUGUGCAGUAUAAUCUAAAAUUCUUGUUAUUACACAAAGCGUUUUGUUUUUGGGGCGUUACAUACAAGUUAGUUCUUUUAAAUAGAACGGCCACAUAUACAGAGUGAAGCAGCUAAAAGGAAACACCUAGAAUAACUUUUUUAUUUAUUGGCCAAAAGUAAUGAUACUGAAUUUGCAAAUGCUAUAAUAGCUCCCGUGCAUACGUUAAUUCACUGCUUAGAAAAAACAACAGAAAAAGUAUA